GUCUAUGCCGUGUACCAGAUGAUGGAGUCUCGCAACGUGAAUGUCAGGAGGUUUCACAUGGUCGUGUUCAUCAAGUUCUUCCUGCAGGAUGCACCUCAGCAGACGUGCUUUGUGCUGUACCUCUUUGGCUGGUACGAGGCAAGCGGACUACGUUGCCAGCUUUGUUUGUUCGAUUCGGCGCACUGCAGUGACGAGGAUGGCUUCCACUUUGCCAAUAUCGUCUCGAUCGGAUGCAUCCUCCUGUCUUCGUUGGCGAAUCAGCUGCUGAUUCGGCCUGCGAGAAAAAGGAAGUACACCGAGGAUGACAUUUGCAUGCAGCUCUGGAUACGGAUUGGCGGUAC